AUGAUUGGUCGCGCUUUCAAUGGCACUAAUGGCGGCAAAACAGCACAAUUGCAUUCAAAAAGCACACAUCAAACGCUCCCAUUGGCUGACAGGUCUGACCGCACGCGUGCGCACAACCGCUCCCACGCUAUCUCUAUAUCCAUAUGUGUUGCGAAAUGGCAGCCAAACUAUGAGCCAAUGGGAGUUCGCGACUUAAGACAAACACAUAGUGUUAUUGAGCCGAAGAGCCGAUCAACAAUUGUAGUCGUUGUCGGCUUCGGCUGGAAGUGCACCACCGAUGACGGCGAGCAUGUGUUGCGGUCGGCGGCCAUUGCCGUGGAUGUCGGCGCUGACUGUGUGUGCGCUCACUGUAUAUACGCUGACAAUAGUAUUGACACUAAUCUCGGGCUCACUGUCCGCCCGAUUGCCAGACAUUUAUUGGAAUUCUUCGAAUCCAAUAAAAUAUCUGUUCGUUUCAAUGAUAUACUGAUUGAGUAA